CCACUUCCGCUAAACCCCCACUUCGCUUGCCUUCCCCCACCGCUCCGGCCACAUGGAAGCCUUCGCCGGCGCCGCCCCAGCGGCCGGCGUCUUCGCGGGCUCCGGAGCCGCCGCGGCGCGCCCCUUCGUCCUCCACCGCCGCGGCGGCGCCUCUCGCGCCGGAUUCGGACGGCUGCGCCUCCUCCGGGUGCCGCCGCCGCGCGUCGGCGGGGACGGAGGGGACCUGCCGCCGCUGGACAAGUGGGACAUGAUGGAGCUGGAUUUCGGCCGAUUCCUCGGAGAGGACCCCAAGCUCACCCUCGCAAAGAUUCUGGUUAAGAAGUCAGACCCAGAUGCCUCAUCCCUUGAUGUAGAGAAACUGAUUGCCACUAAAAAGGACAAGCUAGAUGAUAUUUUGAGGGAGUUCAUGGAUGCUAAUAAGAAAGAUCAGGCUUUCAAAACACCAGAAAGUGUAUCCCUGAUGAACACGAGACAACCGACAAUAAGCAAGCCAGUUGAAGGCAAGAGUUCUUUGAAUAUUUCAAGGCCUGUGAUGGGAAAACCGAAACAAGAGGGGCCUCCGCUGACUUUACUGCGACCAGCAGGAAGCAAACUGAAGCAAGAAGAGCCUUCUCUGUCUCAGUUGCGACCAGUAGGAAGCAAAGCAAAGGAAGAUAUUCCUCCGCUGACCUUGUCACGGCCAAUUGGGAGCAAGCCAAUAGUACAGGGCACUCCGGUACAAGAUAGUUGGCCUAGCAAAGAGAGUUUAGCUGCUGCAACAGAUAACAGUGAAGUGGGGAGCAUCUCAAGAACAACUGAUGUGGAUGUCACCUUGCGGAAACCCAUCGUGCAUCAGAGUGAGGAUGAUGAUUUGAAGUCAAAGCUGAAAAUGAAGCCAAACAUUAACCUGAAAAUGAGGAAAGAUAUGAAUGAGGACUUAACAAACAUUUCUCUUCUUCAAAAGCCAGAUGUUGCUAAUCCAGACCAGGACCAUGCCUCUGCUAGCUCUGCCACUAUUUCUGCUGUAGAGGAUAACAGCGUAUUUGAGCCCGAAACUAAUGUUGAGUUGCAAUGCCCCCAAAUUUGUGACCCAAAAAGCAAGCUAUUCUCUCUUUUUCUUCUCGAACACGCAAACUAUUCUUUUGAAGCUGAUGCUGUACACAUGUUCCAAAUUUCAGGUCUUGGCACAAAAUUAGUGACUGAAAAUGUUCAUGAAUCAUCUGGUCUUGAUGACGAUUCUAGUGCAGGACUACAGCCAUCCGGUCAAACUGUCAUUCAAGAAACUAAUACAUCUGCUGGUUCAGUGGAUAACCAAUCAGCUACUAGCAACAAUUUCUCUAUGCAGGCUUUCUUACAAGGAAAACCUAAAAGAGAAAAUCUAUCUGCUGAAAUAUUGCCAUCUCCAGUUGAUGAAAAGAUGAAUGCUACUGAUAAUAGGAAUUAUGUUGAUGACGGGGGAAAUGUCUUACCAUCAAAACUAGAGGACAUCACCGAGGGUGACUGGACUAGGUUAGAGCAUUAUGCAAGUACUGGGGAAAAAGUUGAGGUGGAGCUGAUAAAUUGCAGCCCGAAGGGAUUUGUUGUGUCACUUGACUCACUGAUAGGUUUCUUGCCAUACCGGAAUCUUGCUACAAAAUGGAAAUUCUUAGCUUUUGAGACUUGGUUAAGAAGGAAGGGUGGUGAUCCUUCCUUGUACAAACAGAGUCUGGGAUUAGAGGAUGGUUAUGAUGUUCAUGACAGGAAUAUAGAACCAGAAUCUAGCUCAGUCUCUGAAGUAGCUGGUGAGGAUCAAGAAUCUCUUCCAUCUAAGCCGAAGUUUGAAGAUCUUCUUCGGGCAUACAACCAAGAGAAAUCCAAGUUUUUAUCUUCAUUUAUUGGUCAAAGACUCCGAGUAUCAGUUGUCCUGGCUGACAGAAAUUCAAAGAAGAUAUUUUUCUCUAUGAAGCCAAAAGAGAGUGAAGAAUUGAUUCAGAAGAAGAAAAGUCUGAUGGCUAAGCUUAAUGUUGGAGAUAUUGUUCAAUGCACCAUCAAGCGAUUUGUUUACUUCGGGAUAUUUGUCGAGGUUGAAGGGAUUCCUGCAUUGAUUCAGCAAUGGGAAGUAUCUUGGGAUGAUACCUUAGAUCCAGCAGUUUCUUACAAAAUUGGUCAGGUUGUGGAUGCUAAAGUUAUUCAACUGGACUAUAAUAAUAACCGCAUCUUUUUGUCACUUAAAGAUGUAAAGCCAAAUCCAUUGGUAGAUGCUUUGGAAGCAGUCAUUGGUGAGGAUUUAUCACUAGGUGGAGCUCUUGAACCUGUACAGGCAGAUUUUGAGUGGCCUGAGGUGGAUGCCCUUAUGGAGGAGAUGCGAAAAAUAGAGGCCGUAAGAGAUGUUUAUAAAGGACGGUUCUUCCAAAGCCCAGGGUUAGCUCCAACCUUUCAGGUUUACAUGGCGCCUGUGGUUGGUCCAAAAUACAAGCUGCUCGCACGGUAUGGGAACAAUGUGCAAGAGGUGAUGGUGGAGACGACACUGGACAAAGAGCGGUUGAAGGAGGCUAUUUUGACGUGCACAAAUAGGGUUAGCUGAUUAGCUAGGAUCUCGGUGCUGCACAUUGGACGGGACCCUCCCGGUGAUAAUUUUGAGUGUCAUUUUGAUGUGUUUUUGCUUUCUUUUCCUUUUUCCCCUGCUCUCCCUGGGAGGACUGGCAAAGGUCUGUCUGUACAGAAAUACUGUGGCUGUAUAAAACAUAUGUUCUCUCGUGAUUGGCUUACUGAUGUAAGGUUAAGAGUUUGAAGGGCAGGGGCGAUCUUGUGGAAA